UAUGUCAGCGAGAAAUCGGGUCUCGACGGCAGGUCACAGGGUCUGUCCGUGUUAAAAAGCCAGUUAGGUUCUUUGUAUUCCUGACCACCAUGGUCAGAUACGAUGGUCCAGCUGUACAAUAACGGCGCCGUAGCACCUCCGACUUAAAAUGACCUUUAAGAAGACGGUCCAUUUCUUUUGAAGCGAGAAAUAUACGACAAGAUGAGGAAGAAAACCUCGUGACACUGUAGUUCACUCGACGGCUUGACCAUGUUGGACGCCGUGAAGACGCUCGUGUUGGUGGUCAGCGUCGUACACGUCGUCGUGAGUCUUCCCGUUCCCAAACAAGAUCACCCUUUAGGGGAUAGGACGUUGGGGUUGAGUGAGCUGUUCCCUCAAUACAUGCUGUGUGAGCAAUGCAAGUUGAUAGUCAAUCUGGCCAUUUCUACAAUUGCCUCGAACGGGACUUUCGACUACUUCAAGGCGGAAGCUGUCUGUAUAUGCAAGUAUAUCACCGAAUUCCUCAACUAUCGCGGUGACCUCAUGUGUCCAGGUCUGAUCGAUGCCUACGGCCCAGUGGUUCUGUUCGUGGCGGCACAUCUUAUCCUGGACCCUGUAGAGACAUGUAGAGAGCUUCACUUCUGUGAACCAAAACUGUCGCCUCUUAGUCACAAACACAAUCUGCUGCUGGAGAGCCAGGACGCCGUAGACAGUGCAAUGAUGGAUAGCGAAGACCAAGUACAUAGCAUGACGUUAGACAGACAAGAGACGUCGGUGUACCAGUUCCACAAAGAACCGAUAAAGAUACGAGAUCGACACGGCGCUGUUUCAGACUCGUCAGAUCCUAUACGGAUCGUGCAGAUAGCAGACAUACACAUAGAUCGACAGUAUGCAGAGGGUUCCCCGACAGAUUGCCGAAUGAACAUAUGCUGUAAGAAGGAGCUCAGCGGAUCAGGCUCCGCCGGAAAGUUCGGAGACUACAACUGUGACGCUCCGCCGAGAACUGUGGAAACCAUCUUAAGCCACAUCGCUGCUCUAGACCCUCAGCCAGACUUUGUCAUAUAUACAGGUGAUUCCCCACCCCAUGAUCUAUGGGAAGAGUCCUGGUCCACCCAGUUUAACGCUGACCUUGACGUCAUCAACAUAAUCAAGUCCUACCUGCCAGAAAUCGCCGUGUACCCAGUCCUAGGAAACCAUGAAUCCUUUCCCCAGAGUGAAUACUACCAGCCACACCAGGAGUACAAGACACUGAACAUCAAGACAGCCGAGGGGUGGCAGCAGCUGUUCGACAUUCCAGCUGACCAGUUGAAGAAUAUCCAGUACUCGGCCUACUAUACAACACUAGUCCAGCCCGGACUGCGGAUACUGUCAAUAAACACAGACUACUGGUAUUCUCUCAACUUCUACUCCCUACUGAACCACAAGGUGCCGGCCUACGAGCAGCAGCUUAAGUUCAUUGACGAAACACUGAGGAACGCAUCUGACCACAAUGAGAAGGUCAUAAUAACUGGCCACAUUCCACCCGGGGAAUUCUGGGUACAGAGCCAGUACGGGGACAUAUACACGGAGAUAAUCAGGAAGUAUGCCGACGUCAUCGCCAUGAACGUCUUCAGCCAUACUCAUCACGACGAAUUUGAACUGAUAACGGAUCCAUCUGACACAAGCCGGCCGACAGGGGUUGUUUUUGUCGCACCUUCUGUGACCACCCAAGCGAAGACCAACCCUUCCUUCCGAGUGUACAAGCUGGACAGGGAAACCUUCCAAGUACAGGACUAUGAUCAGUACUAUAUUGACCUAACUAAAGCAAAUGCCGAGGGCGUGGCUACAUUACAGAUGUCCUACUCCGCCAGGUCCGAGUACAACCUCCCCGACUUGAGCCCACAGUCCUACCACAGUCUCGUCCACAGAUUGGCCACAGACAGAUCCCUGUUUGACCGCUAUAUGAGAAACAAGUACGUCAAGAGUGGCCAGGAUCCGGAGUGCUGCUUCCUGUGUCGACAAGUGGAGAUCUGUCGAAUUUCAUCAAUCACGACUUCCACCUAUAACAAGUGUCUAAUUCCUUUCUUAUAAAGUCAUUGCUACAGAAAAUAGGAAAAUAUAUGAGAGCUUCAAUGCGUAUGGAUGUGUCACGAUGUUGUGUGGCUGUUGUCUUAUGCAUGUUUAGUGUGAAACUAUGUUGAAUAAGUUGUUAUUGUUUAUGAGUGCCCUGUACCUGUACAAAUUAUGGUGCCGGCUAAUGAAAUACUAUUCCACACA